GACGGUUCAGAGUUUGGAUCGCGGAAGAAAAGUCGCUCUUAUACAAAGAAUACUCGACCGGAAUCUUUUGCGCAUCAUAGACGCAUGCGCCGGCGUCAGUAACAGUGAAUGCGCUCCGUCACCAAGCCCUAGAGACAUGUUAUCACGCCGCCGACCGACAUGGAAGUGGAAGCAACGAGUCUCGGGCAUGCUGCCUUUGCGCCUCUCGAUUACGAAACCCCUCAAGCACCGUCGCCCUCUCCCUUGAAUUCGCCAUGGCCCGAGCUAGAGACACAUCUGGACCAGCCGGAGGAAGGAGCGCCCCAAGUCGAACAACAUACAAGUCUAGCGUCGCAAAGCCGUCAGAAUGGCAAUCAAGAGGGCGAGGAAGUCGCGCAACAGAGUCAAAGACACGACGCACAGAAUGCAGUGCCACCUGUCCCAGACAAUCAAACCAUCGCCCGAAAUACACAUCCAGAGACACUAUCGCAUCCAUUGCCCGAGCCUGCCAAGAUUUCGCCCAAACCUCCGACGAAGCCUAUGUCCCUAGCACAGUCGCUGUUCCCCGAAGACUUCGAAGACGAAGCAGCAGACGAGACCGAGCUUCCAGCAACGGCUGGUCAGGCAGAGCCAGUCCAGUCUGAAGCCUUCCCGCAGACACAGACGCAGCCAGAGCAGCAAACACUAUCUCCGACACAAGACCAGCAGCCGAAGUCGCUCGAACUCUCUGUGCUUGACAAUCAAGACCUACCACUCUCCAUCGCCCCGCAUGAAUCCAUUGACCCUCUGGAUCAGUCCGUCGACCCCCUAGACCAAUCGCAUCCUUUCCAACCACAAACCCCUACCAAAGACUACUCCGAACUUGCAAAUGCCGUAGCCGACUUGAAUCUACCCACGAACUCUCUCUUCCCUGCAGACCUCGCUCUUGCCUCGUACGAGGCAGAAGAAGCUGCUCCUGUUCAGGACAUUGCGCAGAACGAUCCCAUGCAAGCCUUCGCGAAGUUGCAAUUUCCCGAUGGCGACUUCUACGUCAACACAUAUGCUGUGGAGCUAGGACGUGAUCUGAAUGCUGCAAAGUUCGAGCGAAAGGCAGGUCGUAAACAGCACAAGAUGAAGUUGAACCGCGACGUUCAGAUGGAGCAAGACGCCGAGAUGAACCUAGACGAAGACGGACACAGCGUGGCACCGCGUAGCAACGUCAGUGAAACCGGUGGCAUUGUUGGUGUCAACAUCGACUACGACAGCGAGGAGGCGGCCGAAGAGGCGAAGCGACGCAAGCGCAAGCAGUUCCGCUCCACAAACUCGUCUCACUCUGUGGACCCCACCUCCCUCCUCACCAAUCCUUACGACCUCUUGCUUGACUCGCAGCCACAACAGGACAAGCCCUUCGAGUACGAGUGUCCCUUUAUUCCCAUCCACCCUCAAGCCGGUCAAUCCUUCAAGAACAUUUCUCGAAAACACAUCCGUAUCGAGUACAAUCUGCAGAAGGCUUACUGGGAGAUGCUUGUCAAGGGCAGAAAUGGUGUCUUUCAUGACGACACUCACGUCGACAAAGACUCUCUGAUUAAACUACACCAUGGGAGCGAAAUUCUAAUUCAAGGCAUCACCAUCAUCUUCAAGCUGCCUGACAACGCCCGUAAUGAGGACGAGGAGGAAGAGCCCGUUCACAUUCUUUCCGACACGGACAGUUCUCUGUCUGACUUGGACAGUGUCGACAGUGUCGCUUUUGCACAUGACGACGAAGAUGUAGACUUGUCAUCUGAAGACGAGCCACUACGCCUCAAACGGCCUGUUCAGAAGAAGGAACCUCCUCGUAGUAGGAUAGUCAAGCUCAAGUUCACGCUCAAGAAGAACUUCCCUGCUGUUGCUGGUUUGCCCGUCGAGAAGGAAGAUAAGAAGGAGAAGGAGAAGGAGAAAGAGAAAGAAAAGGAGAAGAAGAAAGACAAGGAGAAGAUCAAGGAAAAGAUCAAGGAGAAAGAGAAAGAGCCUGAGAAGGAAAAGAUGCCCGAGAAAGUCAAGGUCAAGGAAAAGGAAAAGGAAAAGGACAACGAAAAGGAGAAAGAGAGACGGCAUUCCAAGUCUGGCAAACAGUCCAUCAAGACCGACAAACCUGCGAGAGUCGAAAAGGCAGAGAAGAUGCCUAGAACUCCCAAGGUGGACAAGGUCGAGAAGCCUGUGCACAAACUUGACCUUCCCAACAAGGCAGAGGCAAUCGAAAAGAUCGAAACGCCAAAGCAAGUCGAAAAGGCCGCCGAGAAGACAAUCGUGACGCCGCAGCAGCAACCCGAAAUCGUCGAGCAGAUGUUCGAAGAUCGCAGGGAAUCUGCCAUAUCCACUACCGAGAUGCCACCUCCCUCUCAGCCCGCCGACAUCAAGCAGUCUGUUGAGCCCGAUUCAUACGAAGCUCUUCAAGCACUACAAGUCACUCCAUCCCAGACCCCUCCUGCUGUUCCUGCAGAUCUACCUCCAGGUUCAAUCCUUGCUGGCUUGGCUCCAGAAGAGAUACCCCAGAAGCGCAAAGGACCUGGAAGACCUCCAAAGAACGGUGUCAUGUCGAAGCGUGACGAGGCAAUCAUCAAGCGAAAGACCAAAGAGUUGCAGAAGAUGGGCAAGAUUGUUCCUCCACUUGCUGAACUUUUAGCUCUUGCCAGGGCCGAAGGCGGAAGCACUACCAAGAAGGACUCCAAGCCCGAGGAUGGCCGCGAAGGAGAGGGCUUGAGUCAGUCGGUUGAGAUCGACCCUGCACUCAUGGCCAUUCAAGAGCACAACGCCGCCACACCUUCGGCCGAAGUCAAGACUGAAGGAGGUAUGCCCGCUGCUCAGCCGACUCCGGAUAAAGAUGCGAACAAGCCCAAGCGAAUUGUCAAGUCUCCGUCCCCGCAAAAGCCGGAAUCGGAGUACACCGAAGAGGAGCUUAAGAAGCCAACUCAGACGUAUGUUGUUCUAAUACACGAGGCUCUGUCAAAAGCCCCGAAUGGUGUUAUGGAUUUGCAGCAGAUCUACGACGCCAUGCAGAAGAUGUAUCCUCAUUUCAAGUACAGGAGUACCACUCACGGCUGGCAAAGUAGUGUCCGUCACAAUCUUAUCAGCAGUGAGGCUUUCGAGGAAGCAGGCAAGAUCGGCAAAGGCAGACUUUGGAAGAUUAACCCGAACGUUUCGAUUGACAAAGAGAAGAAACGCAAGGCUCCAACGCCUCCCCCGGAUAACAGGCAGCAACAGCAGCAACAGUAUCCGUACUAUCCGAACAACCAGUACCCGUACGGCCAUCCCGGAGCUCCUGCUUAUGGAGCGUAUGCUAGACCAAGCCCCUACGGAACGCCGUAUGGUCCGCCAACUGUGCAGAACGUGGCGCGACCACCCGUGCCGACGCCACAGCAGAAGCCUGGCACCUACUAUUCUCCUUACGCGUCGACCACACCAGGUGCUGCCGCUGCCGGCUCGCCGUAUGGCCCACCGAGUAGAGCACCCUACGCGCCUUACCCGCAACCUCCUCGGCCGCCUGGUAACGCAUAUGGACAACCACCGCAGCCACCUCAACCACAGCCUGGUCAACCCCCAGUUCCAGCUCAGCAAGGCCAAGCAACACCUGGUCAAGCCCCCCCACCACCGCCGGGCCAAUUACAGGAAUCUCCGGCACAACCUGGUCAACCUCCCCGUCCGCCAUAUGGGCAACCCAAUCAACCGAUGGGAAAUCAAGCCCCUGGACAACAAAAUGGUCAGCCGCCAUACGUCCCCCAAGGCCAGCAACCACCACGACCUGUGAUGGCUCCAGGACCAGCACCUGGUCAAGCCCCGCCUCUGCCACCACAGAACCAGAGCGGCAUAACUUCGGAAAAGAUGAUCGACAAUAUCAUGGACUACCAUAAGAGGUAUCUCAGUAACUUCCAGGGCCCAGAGCAGGAAAAACACAGAGCGAUUUUCCGAAGGGCAACCAACAGACACAUUCAUCGUGGCCAAGACCAUGGUCCGUUCGAGUCAGAGGAAGAAGAAAAGCUUUAUAAAGCUAUUCACGACAUCAUCACUACUACUCAAGCCGAGACCGCUUCCGCAACUCCUUCACAACCUCAGAUGAAUGGUAUGCAAAAUGGUCAGCCUCAGGGCCAGGCACAGCCAGGUGCUGCACAGAGCAUAUCCGGUCCCAAUACACAGCCACAGGGGCCUCCUGGCCCAUAUCCUCCCCCUCCGGUGGGACAGGGACAGGGACAGCCGCCUGCUCCUCAACAGCAGACGCCAAAUGGUCAAGGUCCACAGGCAGUGGGACCACAAGCUGCUAGCGGGCCUCAUCCUGUUCAACAAACGACGGGAUCCAGCUCUGAACAAGCAUUGGCCGAAGCGCUCAAGACUGCUAUGCCUAGUGCACAAGCCUUCAGACAAGGUGCGCCCAUUGCACCCUACUAUCCGGGUCAAGCCCACCAGGGCAUUGCACCAAGACCCAGUCCCUAUGCGCAGCCACAAGCGCCGCAACAGCAAAGGAUGCAGCCACCACCAGGACAGCAGCAAGUGCCUCAAGCCCGUGCCUACAACGUUUCAGCUCCCCCUCCUCAACCGCAAGCACCGAGGCCGACGUUUACUGCACCACCGCAGCCUCAAUCUGCUGCCGCAACGCCGGCAUCUCAGACUCAGGCUACGACACCUGUCGCCCCAAGACCGGUCGCUCCUGCUCCAAGCCAGCCCGUCCAACAAUCGCCUGCGCCGGGACCAGCCGUUCAACCCGCGUCUGGAACCGCUUUCCAAGUCAAACCUGCUAUCCAGCCAGCCCCAGCACCUACAUCGGCACAUACACCGGCGCCUGCCAUUCAACCAGCUACGGGACCUGCAACACUGCAGACAUCAACGCCUUCAUCACAGGCUCAGCAACAAGUUCCUAAUUCUAGCCCUGCGACUGCUACAUCUGCUCCUCAGGCUCAACAACAAGCUCUGGCACCCGGACCUGCCGUCGUCGCGCCUGCUCCACAAGCCACUCCGACCCCGACAGCACCGGCACCUUCACCAUCUGUUGCUCAAGCCGCCACGCCCACGCCAGCACCUGUGGCAGCGACUCCUCCUGCAGAUCCCAACGCACAUGGCGGCCUGAAGCGCCCUAUCGAGAUUGACGAUGAUGGCGACCACGAAGCCAAGAAGCAAAAGACAGAUGACCAAGCCUAGACGUCUUGGUUCACCUGGAAGUGGUAAUGAAGUUUAGCGGUACGAAGUUUACGAGGCGUUGUCAUUGAGCAUUUUUCUUCUUCGUUGUUGAUUUUUAACUGUUGCUUUUUCUCGUUUUCCCAUCGGAGUUGUACAUCAUGGGCACAAGCAUGUCACAUGGAAGGUGUUUUCAUUCAUGUUUCAAGCGACGGAGCGGAUGGAUUGGGGCGUGUUGCAUGAACAAAAAUAAAGGGUGGGUUGAUAUCCUUCGAGCAACGGCGUUUUUCCAUUGUAGCAGCGGCGCAGUGCUAUAUUACUCUUACUUCCAAGAAUCAGAUGUUCGCGAUUGAAAGUUACCUCCACAUUCUCACCACAU